AGUCGGCCAGCCAGCCACAAAAACGAGUCAGUCAGUGAAUUUUCUUGCGCUGGUGUUUCGUGUUGUCUUCUCGGUGCACAAAAAUGUCUUUCAAGGCUUAAGCUUUAAAGCUUCGUGUGAACAAUGAAAAGUAGUCCCACGCGCAAAUAUGAGAAUUUCUCCAACGACCACCAAGGGAAAGAAACGGACAAGUAUUCGCUAGACAGCCAAGACACCGCAAGUGUGCACUCCAAUACGGAAGAGGGGGGUGGGGGGCGGCGCGCGACGGGCGACGCGUCGGCCGGCGCGGGCGACAUGUGGCUCAGCGCCGUCGAGAGUUCCAUCCUCACCUGGGAGGAGGUGGCCGAGCGUCUGAAUGUGGACGUACGCCGCGGGCUGUCAUGGCGCGAGGCGAACGAUCGCAUGAACUUCGUCGGCCCCAACGAGUUCCAGGUGAAGGAGCAGGACCCGCUCUGGAAGAAGUACAUCGAGCAGUUCCAGAACCCGCUCAUACUGCUGCUGCUUGGAUCAGCAGUGGUGAGCGUGUGCAUGCGACAAUUCGACGACGCGAUAUCGAUCACGGUCGCCAUAAUCAUCGUGGUGACGGUGGCCUUCGUCCAGGAGUACCGAUCGGAGAAGUCGCUUGAGGAGCUGAACAAACUGGUGCCGCCGUCUUGCAACUGUCUCCGCGAAGGCAGCCUCGAACAUUUCCUGGCUCGCAACCUCGUCCCAGGCGACAUAGUCCAUCUCAAUGUCGGCGACAGAGUACCGGCGGACUUGCGACUGUUCGAUUCAACGGACCUUGCCAUCGACGAGUCUUCCUUCACUGGGGAGACCGAACCGGCUGGCAAGAAUGUGUUACCUAACAAGGCAUCUGCUGGGAGAGUUAAUAAGGACAACAUCGCCUUUAUGGGGACCUUAGUGCGAUGCGGUAACGCUAAGGGGAUCGUAGUGAGCACCGGCGAGCGAUCCGAGUUCGGCGACAUUUUCCGCAUGAUGCAAGCAGAGGAGGCCCCAAAGACUCCCCUGCAGAAGUCCAUGGACACCCUCGGCGCUCAGCUGUCGAUGUAUUCCUUCUGCAUCAUCGGCUUCAUCAUGGUCACCGGCUGGCUGCAGGGCAAGGCUCUGCAGGACAUGUUUACCAUUGGCGUCAGUUUGGCUGUGGCUGCUAUUCCUGAAGGUCUCCCAAUCGUGGUGACGGUGACACUGGCUCUCGGCGUGAUGCGGAUGGCGAAACGAAACGCCAUUGUGAAAAAACUGCCAACAGUGGAAACCUUAGGAUGCGUCAACGUCAUUUGCAGCGACAAGACUGGCACUCUAACUAAGAACGAGAUGACCGUGACGACGAUAUCGACCUCCGGCGGCCAUAUUGCUGAAGUAACAGGCGCGGGCUACAACGCACGCGGUGACGUGCAACUGCGCGCUUAUAAGGGACGGGACUUGGAUGUGGCGCGUAUGGGAGUUCAUACUAUGCUCGAGGUCGGCGUUCUCUGCAACAACGCGAUCAUCCGUGACGAAACGUUAUACGGGCAACCUACAGAGGGCGCUAUACUGGCGUGCGCUCUGAAGAACGGUAUGGAAGACAUCAGGGAACAAUACACCAGGCUGCAUGAGAUCCCGUUCAGCUCUGAAACAAAAAUGAUGGUUGUAAAAUGCGCUCCCAAAUUCGGCGACGGCAAAGCGAAAGAAGAGGUGUUCGUCAAGGGUGCCAUAGAGAAAGUCCUCCCCAUGUGCACCAGAUACAUCGACAGUUCCGGAAACUACGCGCCUAUUACCAAAGACAAGCAGAACGAUUUCAUGAGCGAGGCGUAUAAUAUCGGACGGAUGGGUCUCCGCAUCAUAGCCCUGUGCCGCGGCGACAGUCUCGAAGCGCUAACUUAUACAGGAGUAUGCGGCGUAUGCGACCCGCCGCGACCAAACGUACGGGACGCGGUCGCUACGCUUCGCCGAGCCUGUGUGGAUGUCAAGAUGGUCACUGGAGACGCCAGGCCCACUGCUUUGGCUGUCGCUCAAAUGGUUGGCUUGGACGUGUUGCACUCGCAGUCCCUUUCUGGCGAACAGUUGGACUCCAUGCCUGAUGAUGAACUGGACAGAAUUAUUGACACAGUGAGCGUAUUCUACAGGGUGACACCGAAACACAAGCUAUCAAUUGUGAAGUCUCUGCAGAGGCUCGGAAACAUUGUAGGAAUGACUGGUGACGGAGUGAAUGACGGCGUGGCGUUGAAACGGGCUGACAUCGGUAUUGCUAUGGGCAAGAAUGGCACAGACGUGUGCAAGGAAGCCGCCGACAUGAUCCUGCUUGAUGAUGACUUUGCUACUAUCAUUGCCGCAAUCGAAGAGGGCAAGUGCAUAUUCUACAACAUCCGCAACUUCGUCCGCUUCCAGCUUUCGACGUCGAUCGCCGCGUUGUCGCUCAUCGCUCUCGCUACUCUCAUGGGCAUACCGAACCCGUUGAAUGCUAUGCAGAUACUGUGGAUCAAUAUUAUUAUGGACGGCCCCCCCGCACAAUCAUUGGGAGUCGAACCGGUAGACCACGAGGUGGUGCGACGCCGGCCGCGAGAUACAUCGCGGCGGAUCAUCUCGCGCGGGCUGCUGGCUAACGUAUUGCUGUCUGCCGCCAUCAUUAUAGCUGGCACCCUGUGGGUCUUCAAUAGAGAGAUGUCAGACAACAAGAUAACCCCGCGCGACACCACGAUGACGUUCACGUGCUUCGUGCUGUUCGACAUGUUCAACGCGCUGUCGUGCCGCUCGCAGACCAAAUCCGUGUUCCAGGUCGGAUUGUUCUCUAACAAAAUGUUCCUGGUAGCCGUGACUCUCAGCUUGGUGGGCCAGAUGCUGGUGGUAUUCUUCCCGCCGCUGCAGCGCGUGUUCCAGACCGAAGCGCUCACUGGACAUGAUCUCAUAUUCCUAGUCUGCCUCACGUCCAGCGUAUUCAUCGUGAGCGAAGUGAAAAAGCUGAUCGAGCGGACCCUCAAGAAGAAGUCCUACGGAAAGUUCUCGACGAAGGCCCACGACGCCAUGGACUUCGUAUGACACGAGACCGACAAGAAGGCGCAGUAAGCGGCGCCCACCGCCCCGCCCACUGUGACACGCCUACCUGUUCCAAAUAUCACGUGACCGACUCCCCCACACACAUCCAAUUCACCGAUGAGCUAAUCAAAUAUCAAGUGACAAAAUCACAGUCCAAAUAUCGAGUGACCGAGUCGCAGUCGCAGGUAUCGAGUGACGGGUGCGUCUUCAGUGACAGCUGUCAGUGCGGUGACGGCCGGGACAAAGGACCGUUCUCGAUUUACGACGGCAAAAUCGAUAUUCCUGUUCGUAUUUAAAUUAUUUUUCUAAUUGAUGAAUGCAGUAUUUUUUUUAAAACGUGUUUUAGUAGCUAUUAUUUAUUUUUCUUAUCUUUUUUUUACGAUGUAAUUUUAAGUGGUAAUAGUGAAUGUUUGGUGUUUUAUUUUUAAGAUAGCUAAUUGACGUUGGACGUGUGGAAUUUGGGCCCAGAAAGAGUGAAUGUGCAUUUUUUAUGUGAUGUAGUUUUGCGAUGUGGCAUUUUGAUGUCGUUGCAUGAAUAAAGAAAUUGACUUUGACAAAGUGUUAGAUUUAAUGAAAUGGUUGUAGAUAUGUGUGAAUACCUUUACCCUGCAGUAUACUGUAUUCGUAAAAUGUUUCUUAUUGCAACAGAACAAGGUUGGCUUUACGUUGCAGGGUACAUGUACUGCAUGAUGUAAUGAAACAUAAAACUAUGAUGGACUUAGUCACUGAAGAGUGAUACUUAUUUACUUGACAUACCGAUAUUUACUUCUAAUCAGUUACUUGAUAUUAAAUUCACUGAUUUUUACCAUACGACAUGGACUUUUGCAAACCGUAACUUUUAAUCUACGAUCAGUAUUUAGAGAGUUGAAACGGCAGUUAAUUACUAAAAAAAACUUAAUUUAAAGUGGCCAUAAAGAGUUUAUUUUCGGUAUAAUAAUCUGUGGUUUAAUUGUCAAAUAUCUGUUUUGAAUUUAACUCUUGGCUGUCAAGUAAUAUUCUUAUUAGGUAAAAAAACGCAUGUAUGCAUAAAAUAGUGAAUUAAAUCUACAGCUCGGUUAAAAAAGCUGGCACAUACACGUAUUGCGUUUGUGUGGAGUAUUAAUAAGCUCACGCGCACGUCACGUGACGUCAUAUUGCAAACGUAUUAUAAAAUAUCGAUCUAUCUCUCUCACAAGCUGUCAAACUUAUGAGCGAGAUAGUUAUUGUUUUCACUAUUAUUUAUUGCUGAAUAUAGUGUAAUGUUUUCUUAUACAUGCUGUAUAAUAAAACUGAUUUAUUUUAGUAUUGUGAACGUGCCAGUUUUAUUCAACUGACCACUUACCAGUGAUGUGAGAUUGCUAAACCCUUACAUGACCAUUCUAUGUUUGACAUUGUAAAUUAUAAUAAUUAUAUCGGAUCUGAUCUAAAUAUAGUGUGAAAUUAGCUUGGCAUUUAGUUCUCUCUCUCACUCCCACUGUCAGAUACUAGCUUGCAUGCGAGCGAGACAAAAAUAGUUAAAAAGCAAUUCAAUUACAUUCCUUUGUAUUUUCUAAUUGUGUAAAAAGAAUUUUAGCAAUGAAUAUUAACGAUUUCACUAUUAUAGCGAUGUUUUUAACCAACUAAAGAUUUUAUUUUAUAAAAUUUAACAAAUUAUUUAUAUUAAAAAUUCUCGGUUAGAGAAGGUAGGAAAAUAUUAAAAAAAAUAGAAAGGAAAGUACAAUUUUAUCAGGUAUAUUUUUAUAUUUAUUUUAUCGACAUAUUACGAUAUUCUUAUUUAAUCGAAUGUAUUAUUUAUCCAAUAAAAUAUUCAUUUUGCUUGUAUAUGAACUUGUUUUCAUAAAUUAUUGAUAACGAAGUAACAAAUAUUCCUAAAUUCGAGAAACAAAAUGGGCUUUGUACAUAAUCGCGUGAAAAAAUGAAUUAGAAUUUAUCUUGAUAGUUAAUAGCAAAAAACAGUAGAAAGAAAAUAUAACUAAAGUAAGUUCUGUGGGCAAUUUUGUUGAGUUGAGCCAAGAUCUAAAACUGAGUGGGGACCUCUCUUUUUCUCCUUUGUGAAAGAAGCGAGACAGCAUGUCGAAUUGAAAAGUGACAAACUUAUUUUAGUCUGGCCUAUUUUGGUUGUUAUUUAGUGGAGUAUAAAGGCCAGAUUGGUCUGUGAAUGGUGUCAUAUUUUCAGAUUGACUAUGUGUUGUCCCUUUCUAUUCACUUAUGAGAGAAAGAGACAGACUGAUCGAUAAUUUUGUUAAGAGUGGUACAAGACAAUCGCCACAGUAAAUUAGAAAAGUAGUGAAGAGUCGAGCGGUUUUACGGUCUACUAUAAAUAAAUAGGUAAUAUCAUAAACUAUGCUUUCGUAGCUUCUGCGCGCACUUAUUAACUGUGCUUAAUAAUGUUCUUAUUACGGCUCUAUUAUUAUUAUUAAAAUCUACGAUGAACUAUUUGUAUACCAACAUUUUUUAAUCAAAUCCAGUUAAAUUAUGAGGACCAUUUUUAUCUUGUAAAACUUGUGAUUUUUCCCCUGUGUAAGGUUAGGUAAAUUAUAUUCACCCAUCCUGUUCUUAAUUUUGUAGUAACUUAUUGAUGUUAAUGUAGUAGCAUUCGUGAUGCUAGUUGGAUGGAAGGAACUGGAUGGAUUGUAAAGGUCUCAUCUAGAAAAGGUAUCGCCAAAUAGAAUGUGUACUUAGCGCGCUAGAGCGCUAGUCUGACGUCGCGCUAUAGCGUCAAAUUGUGUUGGUAGUUUUUUAUUUUUUUUUAUCCACAACGAGGAAGCUCUUGGCCUGUAUCUCACCUGAUGGUAAGUGACGAUCAGGCCGAAGGUGGAAGCGAGCUUCACCCGGAAUCCUCAACCACGGAGGAACUGGCUAUCUUACCUCUAACUGCCGGAACACAACAAUGCUGUUAACAUUGUUGUUAUGGCGACAGACUUAGGUAAGAUGGUGGUAGCUAGCCAGGCGGACUUAGAACAAGCCCUACCACCAACCAAACCGAACAGAAAAAUCUGCCCCCACUGGGAAUCGAACCCGGGACCUCUGCGUCUGAAGCAGGUGGUCUAACCACUAGACUACAGAGGCAGUAUUACAAAAUAGUUACAGAAGAGAAUCACCUGUAUGUACUUCAUUUCCCAUACGCACACAGACGCGUCUCAAGCGGGCGUCAUUCGCGCUCGUACUGGUUUAGACUGGUUUGUAUUAAUGGCGAUAUCGUGUUCGUGAGCGUUGCCCGAGCUCACUUUGUAUGUAAAGUGUCCUAUUUUGUGGUAGAAUGUAAAACCCGGUGUCAAACCUUCCUAGCGCCGCGAAAGAGCAAUGCGUACUAGCGCUGACGCUGUGUUUGACAUGAAACUAUCUAUAUUCUAGCAACACAAUUCGGCGCUAUAGCGCGUCGUUAGAUUAGCGUACUAGCGCGCGCUAGGUACGCGUUAUUUGGCGAUGCCUUAAAAUUGACAUACAUAUUUUGGCCCUUAUCAAGUUUCUAUCGCAAUAUUUUAGAAAAAAAAUUGUUCUAUUUUAAAAUGUCUAAAUUUCAAAGGAAUAAAACUGAUUCAGAUCAACAUUCUGACUAAAUUAUUGUCUUUGUUUUCUAAUCAUCUUUUUCUUUUGGAUUAAAACGGUCAAAAUAUGGCGGUAGAUGUCGUGGCCUAAGUUGUGGAUAAGUCUUAAGAUUGGUGCUUGAUACUGAGGAAGAUUUCGGUGGUAAGGUAAUAAGGUAUUUAGUUCACAUAAAUAAAAGGUCCGUAUUACAACAACGCUCAAAACUCUACUCAAAAAUUCAGAAUCAGCCAGAUUUUGCCAUGUGAUUGGCCGAAACAUGAAAUUCAAUGUUUGAGAUAGAAUCCAGUUUGAGCUUCGUUCUGUAACACGGGUCUUACAUAGAAAAUCUGUUGUUUUUGGUAUAAAUAACCUACGAUUUUGAAUAUCAUUUUACUUGUUAUGCAAUAUUACAUUCGACAUUAAUUUUAACUGUGUUUUUCCUGUAACAUUAUUUAUACAUUCUCAUUCUUAUGUCUCCUGCAGUUAUCUAUUAGCUAGUUUGAUAUUAUUUAGUAAUUUUCCUCAAAUGAAAAACAUCCUGUAUUUAAAAUGUGACAAGCAAAUAAUAAUAAAAAACACUUUUACUGUAUGAUGAAUUCAAGGUUUUCCUUUCACUUAGCUAGAUAAAGUAAUUCUCCUAUCAAUGUCUGUUUAAGAAACGAGCUCGUUAUGACGACAUAAAAUGGCGUCCUUUGGUGUUGCCAUAGAUAUUAUUUCGAAUUUAUUUAGCGUUAGUGUUGUAUUUGUAUUAAGGUUGUUUAGAGUCUGUUCUUGUAAUAUCUAAUGUUUUGAAUCUUAGAAAGGUGGUUUAAAUUUUAAUAUUGGAAAUUCAUAAAGUAGUAAGUGCAAAUCAUGAGUCGAAAGAAAACAAAAAAAUAUAGUCUAAUUGGUCAUUGUUUUUCGAUUUAACAUAUACAGGGUGGAAACGAUAAGUGAUCUCACUCGAUAAUUUCUAAACCAUACAAGAUAUCGAAAAACUGGUUCCUGAUCCUGAAAGUGCUUUACGAGCUCUUUCAAACGGCACCAAUAACAGAUUACAGAAUAAACUGGAAGUAUCUGAAAAUUCAAUGUUUCCGGCUUCCAUACAUUUGGUACAGCCUCAUAAUAUUAAAAACUACAGAAGGUAUCGUAAAACUGGUUACUGAUCCUAAAAGUGCUUCACGAGCUCUAUCCAACGGUAUCAAUAUUAAGUUACAGAAUAAACUGGAUCUAUCCAAAAAUCCAAUGUUUCCAUCCCCCCUCAGAAUACAGAACAAACCAGAAGGAGUGUUCGAUAACAUUUCUACGCGGCAACUUGUGUCCAAAAUACUUCCCCUCCCGCGCCCCUCUACCCCCUUUAGUGUUACUAGCGCCGUGUGACACCCCCAUUUUUGGGGUAAAAUUAUGUAAUUUUUUAAAGAGAUGUUAAACAAGUAAAAAAUAAGUAAGUGAAAUAAGUACACACGGCCACAGUGUUAACUAUCCAUUUCCGUUUUUGCUCUCGCUCUCAUCAAAUGGUGAUUCUUUGCGAUAGAACGAGACGACAUGACUGGCCAUAGGCAUAGAUAGUACCUACCUACCUAUGAAUUUAAUUUUUACUCCGAAGUAACUAAGUGUAGAUGAUUAUUCAUUUCUAUUAAAUAGUGUAAUAUACUACAUGUAGGUAUAAUAUGUUAUUUAAAAGUCAAUUACAAAAGUCGAAUAUAAAUUUUAGAAUGCCAAGUAAAACAAAAAAGAAACUUAAGGUUCUUUAUUAUGUAAACAUAUCGACAACAAAACAUUUGUUUACGGCGCAGUAGUGCUUUUAGUUUAACUUUUCUUGGAGUCAAAAACAGAAUCCAAAUCAAAAACAUCACCAAUACUUGAAUUUGAUUGCGAGGCAACUCUGGCUGUGUAUCCUGAAAGAAAAUCAGAGUAAGUAACUAUGUAAGCAAUAAUUAAUUACUUAAAAUUAUAAUUAAAUAUACAAAUAUUGCUGCUGCUGAUCUGUUGAUACUAAUGCCUUACUUUUGAAUAAAUGGGAAAGUAUGAAAUUCACGAUAGUAAUUUAUUAUCUCCUCAUUAUUUAGGGAGUAAUAUUAUAAAUUAAUUCAAAUAUUAAAAUCAAAUCAAAAUCAAAAAUAUUUAUUCAGUUUAGACCACAAGUGGCACUUAUAAUUUAAUUAAUCAGGUUGUCAUGUCAUGGAUGAAAUUACACUAAAAACUAAUUAAAACAAAAAGGAUGGGGAAAAUAUUCCAUUAUUCUGUGGUAACGCUAACAAAAUUAACGCGUGAAUUUUUUAUAGACAAAUGUAAUUCAAUAUAAAAAAGUAGGGUAAAAUAUUCCGUUGACCUGUGGCAACACUUACAAAAUACAACCGUGAUUUUUUUUGAAAAUUAUUAUUUAAUUAAAAUGAAUUGGAAAUGUGCUACUUACGGAUAAAACAUGAUCCCAUGCACUUUCUUCGUAAUUCCAGUAGCAUUCUUACAUGUUGGAACGGCACAAGACGGCAUAAUUUAAUUAUAAAGUGUCAAUCUGACGGAUAUGUAAACAAUGCGCGCGCCGGCCAUUGACUAAUUGCUCUAAAGUCAAAUUAGUGCGAUUCGGAGUAAUUUACCUAUAUGAAUACACAUUUACGCCCGUUGACGGUUUCUGGUUUGUUCCGUAUUCUGAGCAUCCCCCAUACAUUUAGUACUACCACAGUCAUGGCACUCAUCUCUUGAUACUUGAUACAACACUUUAUAGCAAGUAAAGCCUAAAUCUAAUUUUUUCCUUGAAUAAUUUUAAAUAAAAAUGCAAUUUAAGAGUUUUUUUUAGGUUCAUUAUUUAAUUUUAAAAAAUUACACUUAAUAUUGUGUGGUUGGCAUACAUUUAGUAUGGAAGCUGGAAACAUUGAAUUUUCAGAUACUUCCAGUUUAUUCUGUAAUCUGUUAUUGGUGCCGUUUGAAGGAGCUCGUAAAGCACUUUCAGGAUCAGGAACCAGUUUUUCGAUAUCUUGUAUGGUUUAGAAAUUAUCGAGUGAGAUCACUUAUCGUUUCCACCCUGUAUACUAAUAUUAUAAAUGCGAAUGCGAAAGUAACUCUGUCUGUCUGUCUGUAUCGCUUUCACGCCUAAACCACUGAACCGAUUUUGAUGAAAUUUGGCAUAGAGAUAGUUUGAGUCCCGGGAAAGGACAUAGGAUAGUUUUUAUCCCGGUUUUUGAAACAGGGACGCGCGAUAAAGUUUUUCUGUGACAGACGAAAUUCUACGCGGGCGAAGCCGCGGGCGGAAUGCUAGUAAGACUGUAAAGUUCAAAAUAAUGUGGUUGCAAUAUAACUAUUGUCUGCUUUUGAGUAAGCACGUGAACACGAAAACCGCACCUCCUUCUCUAAAUACAAGCUAUUUUUGCUGUGCACACCCACAAAAUUGUUAUUUGCUACUUUAUGUCUAUCACGCACGGUUAUAUCGUUGUGAUUCGAGUCAUAUCUAUAAGGAAGAAUUUGUAUUACGUCGUAGCGUGUUGUAACACAUAGUCCAAUCUCGUUAAUUCUUAGCUAUGCUUUCUUUUGGGGUUGCCACUCGUAAAAAAAUAUGAACCUUGGUCAGACUCAAGCCACCUAGCAUCCUCCUUUAUGCUAAACAGGUGAUACGUUAUGAAUUUUCGACGAGGUUUUUUGAACAAAAAGUUUUUUAACAGUGGCAACCCUAGCAUACAUUUUGAUGUUUAAAUAUACCGCAUUAUAAAAGGUAUGUAGGUAUUGACACUCUUUAGAUAGAAAUUGAGGCAUCUAUCACUUAUAUCUUAAUGUUAAUUCUAUUGUAGAAAGUUAAAAUUUAAUGUACGUGAAAAUAUAUUGAUAUGAACAUUAUUUGUAGUCUUUUAUAAUGUCGACUAGAAAUGAAAUGGUUUAGAAGGUAGUAUUUGACUUCAUGUUUUGUUCUAUAUAUUUUUUGGAGUUAGUGAAAAUUGUAUUUAUAUUUCCCACUAAAACAAAAAUAACUAAAAAUGGCAUAGAAAAUAAUGUAUGUUGAUAAACUUUUAAGUUUUUUGCAGUAAUUGUUCACUUGAAAAGCUUAGGAAAACUACAUAAGGCAAUUGGUGUGUUGGCUAAAAAAUACAUUAAAUAUACCUCUGGGUCAUUUCAUAUUUAGUCGACGAUUUUGUAUUCUACGUACGACUUCCUCAACUGUUUUCACCUCUAUUUGUAAUGUUAAGAAUAUGUAUUUAAAUGAAAUAUAUUGACACACAACCAUUUGACAAUCGUUAGAUAUGAAAUAUUAAUAUUGGUCUCUCAAAAACCAGCUGCAAUAUUUUAGCUGUUCUGUAUUGUUAAUAGCAUAUUGAAAGAACGGCCAUAAUGACUCGGUUAUGCCCUUCUGUUUGCCCAUUUGAAAUGACGACUACCCUCAUUAUGGGGCCAUAACUGACAUUCUUAUUUGGAAACUGAUUAGCUGGCAAUAUACAGUCAUGCAUUUUAGAAGGUCCCACAACAAGGUCAAUGACAGGUUAUGCGGAUUGUCAUGGCGCAUGGCGUGGUUGAAGCAUAAGAAUUGAUGGUCUUUCUAAAAUACUAAAACUAAAAUGUCAGCUAUGGCCCUAAGUCACACUUAUACCGCCAGUAAAGACCACUUAUAUGUUAAGGAGCUGAUACAAAUAAAUAGCCCGAAUAUCAAGUUA